AUGGGCUGGUUUUGGGGUGGCUCGAACAAGGACGACCCGGUCAAAAAGCUUGACCCGGGUUUGCGAGAAUACCUCGAGCAUGAAGCUCCAGAGAAAUACGUCCCAACCACCUCAGUCCCCUCGUCGCAGGACUCCUCCAAGACGGUGCCCCAAGAUACGAAGCCAGCUGUCAGCGCCGAACCUUCCGAACCCGCCCUUCCCUCCGCUUCUCUAUUCCAAGAUGGCCGUUAUGCGCAUCUCUGGAAGACCUACAAGCCGCCCCAGGAAAAGGAAGCGACGGAACAGAAGACUGCAGAGCGAGUGAUUGAGAAGUACAAGCAGCGCGGUGAUACUGUGCACCGGGCGGCGAUGGAAAACUGCGCCCUGGAGCAUGAGGACUUGACCUACUGCUUCCAGACUGGCAAUUGGGAGAAACGAUUGCGCGCCCGUGUGACUCUGUGCUCUGAGGAAAACGCUAAGUUCUCUCGUUGUUUUACCACGCAGGCUAAAUUCCUCCAGGCCCUAGGAUACGCUUCCUCUUUCAACUGGGACGAGGAAAAGGAAGAACGGAUUCAGAUGCACGCUGAUAAACUCUACCAUCAGAUGCUUGACUACGAGAAACGGGUCGAAGAAGCGCAGAAAGCCGGACAGGAGCCCCCGCCUCUCACCUCUCUUUUCAACCCCCAGGCAGAGGCACCGCAGACACCGGCCAACACACCAGGAGCCCUGGAGAUUCCUGGAGGUGAGACGAUUCCGGCAGGAUUGAAACCGUCCAAACCGUUGGCACAGCUUACUCCACAUGAACGAGAAUUGGAGAUCCGAGCACACAAUGCGCAACUGGAGCAACAGAAAUUGUACGUACAGGAGGCAUCGCCAUUUAUGCAGACACACGAGGACGCACGGCAAAAGCGCAGAGAGAAGGCCGUCAGUUGGUUCGGCGAGACGAUUGGCCGUUGGGUUACAUAA